UUCUCCAGGUGUUUGGUGAGGAGAUGCAGGUUAGGCUGUAUGCCCCGGCGGUGCCUGUGUUUGAUGCCAGCAUUGUGGUCAUGCUUCUCAUAGGAGUGGUGACUGUUGCUCUGGGAGGCUACUGGAGCGGAGCCUGUGAGAGAGAGAGGCUGAGUGCGUCUCGAGGAGGAGGAGGAGGAGGAGGGGAGAAGAGUGACAGUGGGGACUUGGCUCUGUACUCUCCCCUAAAGGUGGUCAUUUUUGUAGGUCUGAUGUGUCUGAUGCUGGUACUCAUGUACUUCUUCUACAAGUACCUGGUGUAUGUGAUCAUCGCCAUAUUCUGCUUAGCGUCAGCCACCGCCCUCUUCAGCUGUCUGGAUGCCCUGUUGGACCUGGCCAAGUGUAGCCCCAUGAGGUACACACACACCACACACACAGUCACCAUUUUCCUGGGGUUUUCACCCCAAUUCAAAAAGAAAAUCCCCAUAACAACAUAGUUUCCCCCCCCCUCC